UCUGAGAAUGCGAUGUUCCGUCGUCGCUCAUGGUCAGCAAUUGGCCUACCUGCCUAUACAAGGUCAGAACUAGUGUCAAAGGUUCAGUGUUCAGUGCUACCAGCGCUAGAUUUCAGCGGGUACCUACCUGGUGCAACGCUAGUUGUCGAGGGCGCUGUCACACAGGCUAUAUACGAGCAUUGGCUAGAGGCAGUUGUACUACCUCAGUGCGAGCCAUAUCCAGGAAGAAGAUCGAUAGUCAUCAUGGACAAUUGCUCAACCCACUACUCAGAUAAGCUAGGAGAGCAAUUCGGCGUACACCUGCUCUACCUGCCGCCGUAUGCACCACAUCUGAAUCCUAUAGAACAGACCUUCCACCUCUUAAAACAAUGGCUUCGGCGACAUCGAGAUCUAGCGCCUUGGGUUGACGAGAUGGAUCCUGAGUCGCAUAAGUAGGCAUGGCUACUGCACCUCAAGAAGGCUACGCAUUCUAUAUAGCUCUCAUCGCCAGUAACAUAGUGUAAUAGCUAUAGGUAGUCGUCCUCCUGUAUGCAACGAUUCUUGAGCGA